AUGUCUUUCCUCGCAGAUUUCGAACCGGCUCUCAUACACUCACCUUUCGAACGUUCGCAACAGCGACAAAAAACCGAAUCAUCGUCUCCUCCCAAUACAACGCCCUCGACGGCCCAAAAGAAUGAUAAAGACAAUAAGAAUUU